UUUUCAGAAUUACCUCUUCCUCUUCUAUUGAUUCUGCACAGGGAAAAUGCUGGUAUUUUAAUCAGUUGAUGAAACUUAGUAUUAAACAUCGAUAUGCACAUGAAUACGGUGAACUAAACGUUACGGAUAGAGAUGGACCAGAAACACUUCAAAAUCAUUUAGAAAAAGCAUCCACUGGCUGCCUACAGGAAAAUAACCUCUUUAUCAUGGGUGUGACAGAAAAUAAACAGGUCUUGUUGGAUCCUUCCAAAAGAUGGAUUACUACUGGCGAUACUCAGGCCACAUUCAUUAACUCCUCCAUACCUGUACACCAAAAGGAAAAUAAAGAAGAUCAGAGAGUGAAGCAGAAGAGUACUGAAUCUUGUAUUAAUUACAGUGGGGAGAGCAAAGACAACAAUAACAUGUCAGCCCAACUCACAUCACAACAAUCAGUGAUAGUAGCAAGUACUAUGAGAAGAAAUCUCCAGCUUUUUGAGAAUGAUACGGAAAGGAGAGUACAUAUGGCAGCGUCAGUGAUCCAGUCCCUUUGGCGGCAGUACCAUGCUCAGAAUAAAAAUGACUGCAACAAAACAGAGAAUCAUCAGUAUACAGAAGCACUGAGACAGAAGCAUGAAGCUGCCACAGUAAUCCAGGCAUUUUGGAAGGGUUUUCUUUUGCGAAAGAAACUGGCCAGUGCUCUUGCAGCUGUUAAAAGUGAUGAAGUGGAGGAUGAAUAUGAAGAAAUAAAUGUGGAUGCUUUCACCUUUCCUGAAGCUGCGUUAGAGAAGGAAUGGCUAACUCUAGAUUCCACCCGUUUCCCUUCAAAAACACUCCUGCUCUCAAACCAGCUGCACUGGCCAAAGAAGUUUUCUAGGCCUUCAGAUUCCAGUGAACAUUCAAAUAGUUUGCCAUUGUCACCCCAAGAAGUUUGGCAGUGUGCUAACAGACCACAUUCAGACUCAGCAGAAAAUAUCCAUUUUCAUAGCAGGUCAGGGACAGGAAUAAUGUCACAGCUUUCUGACUGGAAGGAAAAAAAGAAAUUUUUAUUUAUGUCUGAAAAAGAAGAGAAAAUUUCGGAAGAAUGGGGUUUUAAGGAUAUUUCUACUGCACAGCUAAUGCUUAAGAGGGCCCAUAAAAUGAAGCCUAAAAAAUAUAGUAAUAAAAGUUUAGACCCAGCUGUGCGCCUGGCGUUGUUCAAAAACAAUGAAAAUAAACAUCUCCCUGUGAAAUCACCAAGGAAGACACAGCCUAUAAAUGCUGGAUACUUUGAAGGUAAAAAAGAAGAAUGUUCUCAACUGGAUACUGCUUUAGAUGAGAAAUUACAAAGGAGAAAAGAUUUCACAUACCAGUGGCUUCAUGCACAGCUUUUGGAUUAUGAAGCAGCGAGUUCCAGAAAUACGAAGUGGUGAGCUGUCGUUUUUUGCCUGAGUUAGAUCCAGCGAUAUGUGACAGUAGACGAGUACAGCUUGUGGCAAGCCCUGUAAGCAGAGAAGACAUGGAUUUAGAACUUGUUUCUAUGGCCAGUGGAAGUGCUUUGACUGAGAACAGAGAAAAAAACACGCUGCCACACAGACACUCAACAAGAUCUUC